GAUUUUGCGACUUAUAAGUGGCGAGGCACCACGCGAGCAAAAAUGAACAGCCCUGGAGGUUAUGGGCACUGCUCAAUUGGCUCAUUCCUCGGUGCUUCUCGAAGGCCUGGUCAAGGAGGAGUUGCUCAGUGAACUACUAGUUUGAGUUCCCUGAGAUGGACACCACUGACAUCACCUACAGUGCCGAGGUACAGGCUUAAUGGCAGAUAUCAAUAGGAGAUGAUGGUACGCGUCACGUCUGUUUGGUUGGACAGCCACCAAGUUGACUUGGAUGUCAGCGCCUGUUGUCAUCAGAACCUGGUUCUUGUGCUGCCACAUCAUUUUUGGUGGUGGCGCUGUCGUCACCUCCCAACGCUUGCGCUCCCCGAGUUCCCAUUCAAGAUGGUGCUGCCACGGACUUUGGCUCGUGGGGGUGCCGUCGCUACUGACAAAGCCUGUGCUCCCCGUCGUCCCUGUUGAAAUGGUGGCUGGAACUUGGAGGGGGUUCGCUGCCACAGCCGGAUCCAGUGUUACAUUCCUGUGGCUUUUUGGUUGUUUCCCAAUUAUUGAAGGGAGUUGCAGGCUUAUCAUGGGCGACACAGUGCUUUGCUCGCACCUUCACGGAGUACAGCAAUGUGGGGAAGCAAGUCGAGGACAGCCUCUCUCGAUUUCUGUCCCGGGGGCGCUAUGCUCUUCCAGGACCAAGCAAGAAACACAGUGCAGAGAGGCAAGGAGGUAAAAUAAAGGGAGCAAAGCAAAAGGAACAGGGUAUGUGUUCCUAGUAGUCAUGCCGGCCACCUUGAGUGGCAGUGUUUGGGCAUAAGAACCAAGAAGGAAAUUCAUGAAGCCUGUAAUUCUAACACAUAUAUACUUUUGGACGUUCGAUAGGACCGGUUUCCGUGAACAUAACAGCCGAGAAAACAUGUGAGCAAGGUUCUUCUGUGCAUAUUUUUGAAUGUGCUGCAAGAAUAUUUCUGGUUAUAUGCCCACUUA